GCCGCGAGCCUCGAACCGAGCCGCGCGCUGGUGGUGGGAAAGAUGAUGGACAGCCGGAUUCUCGAGCACUCGCACGCGCCUUUCGGAGGCUCCCUGGGCGGGAUGGUCGGGGUAGGGUUCUCCUACCACCUGGGUCACCACCACCACCACCACCAUGUUUACGACCUGGCUGGGCACCCGCUGCCCUCGGCGGCCGCCGUCCCCUUCUCCAUAGACGGAUUACUGAACAGCUCCUGCUCGGCGUCCGCGACCAACGGAAACCCGCUCCUGUCGCCCGGCUGUAGCGGUUUAAACGGAGACAAUCACCACUACAAGCUCUCAGACUCAGGAGACCCAGAUAAAGACAGUCCGGGCUGCAAGCGGAGACGCACGCGCACAAACUUCACCGGCUGGCAGCUGGAGGAGCUGGAGAAGGCCUUCACGGAGAGCCACUACCCCGACGUGUUCAUGCGCGAGGCGCUGGCGCUGCGCCUCGACCUCGUAGAGUCGCGUGUCCAGGUGUGGUUCCAGAACCGGCGGGCGAAGUGGCGUAAGAAGGAGAACACGAAGAAGGGUCCGGGCCGGCCGGCGCACAACGCGCACCCCACCAGCUGCAGCGGCGAGCCCAUGGACCCCGAGGAGAUCGCGCGGCGCGAGCUGGAGCGGCUGGAGAAGCGGCGACGCAAGCAGGAGCGCAAGCUGCUCCGCGCCGCUAACGCUAACGCUAACGGAGCCUCAGGGAGCGGCGGCGGCAAGCUGGACGGCCUGGACCCGCUGCUCUACACGCCGGGCUCCGACAGCGACAGCGGCGUCUCGCACAGCACCACGGACGGAGAGGCCACCCCGACCCACACGCACACCUCGCCCGCCCACCACCACCACUCCUCCAAUCAGCACCAGCAGGGGCACCAGGGGAAGGCAGAGGGGGCGGAGUCAGGCUCAGGUGGCCAGAUGAUGCGCGCCGGCUCAGGGCCAGAUCCGGGCCGGCUCCGCGUGGCCAAGCCCAGCCCGUUCAGCGUGGAGUCGCUGCUCUCGGACACGCCUCCCAGACGCAGGGCGCCGGGCCCCCCGGGAGGAGGGGGUGUGGGGGCAGAGACCCCCCCAACAGCAACAGCAGCAGCAGCGGCGGCGGCGGCGUCAGGACACGGGGCGCUCGUGGGCAAAGGUCACUUCCUGCUCUACCCCGUCGUCACCCAGCCUCUGGGCUUCCUGGUUCCGCAGACGACGACGACGUCGACGUCGACGUCCGCUAGAACCACAGCGCUGCCGGAACCCAAGCGGAACGCAGCGCCGCCUGCCACACGGCAGGCGGACGGAACCGACGCGUGCCAAAGCCCCGGAGGGUUCCGUGACGCCGGCGACUCGCCCAGUAGGACGUCGUCCCGCCCCGGGACCCCCCCGAGCCCCCGACCAGCACUAUCGCCUGCCAUCGCCACGGAAACGGAGGCCACGCCUCUCCUCCGCGCAUCACCAAACCCGUCAUCGGAGGAGGGUUCCGACCCCGACGCCAUGGACGCCGGCCGCAGCGCGAGCACAGACGGAGAACAGGCCGACGGAACAGGGUUCUUGAAGAACCGGCUACGGGACUGACUCGUAGAACCUCAGCAAAGAGAAAGACGGAGGGAGAGAGAGGGGGAGGGAGAGAGAGAGAGAAAGAGAGAGAGAGAGAGAGAGAGAUAAAGAGAGAGAUAUCUUAAACAUUCCCAAAGCUGAACCACACACACACAAAAAAAAAACGUGACUGUUUUUUUAAUUUUUUAAAAACAAGAAAGGACUGGCCAGCUGAAUUCUUACUCUUUUUAAAGGACACAGAGUCUUGGGGAGGAAAACCUUUAUUGUUUUGGGUUCACAAGGAAGCUGCUGAAUGGAGCAGCAACAACAACGGGAAUCCUCAAAACAACGCUGUACAGACAUCAGAGAGUUAAACCUAUUUAUAUAUGUAAGUUUUUGGAUAA